CCCCAGUCAUCUUGGGCUGCAGCUCGGAGCCCGGAUGCGCCGCCAUGCCGACUCUAUCAGCGAAUGGAAUAAUUUAUUCACCAACCUGCCUCACACUGGGCGACUAGGAGUUCACUGAAGAAGUCGACAAGACAGUUUGGAGGGCACAGGAGCCCUUUACUGCCGACAGACUUAGCACGGGAUAUCCGCGCCGUGUGUGCUCGCGUUGCCUGCCACCGUUGUAUCGAUGUAGUUAGGGACACUUGUGUGCUAGCUACUAGGCUAACGUUAGCUCGAGUAGGGGAGAGAGUGCGCGGCAGUGACAGUCCGGCCGGAGGCGGGGAGAGCUGAGAUCCAGAGGAAUUUCCAUGUCCGCAUCAGCUCUGGAAACCAGAAGAGAUGUCUGUUGAUGAGGAUACCGUGAAAACUGGCAGUCCACAGGCCAGCUCGACGUCGUCCCUGCAGCUCUCAGAAUGCACUGGAGGUUACAACACUAUAUCUGUGGUGGUGGAGGGUACAGCAGCCACCCCUGAUUUUGCAGCUGCGUGUCCUGUCCUGGGCACUGCAGCCUCACCAAAACACACCAGCACGGCCGACACGCUUUCUCACUCCGACGACGCCGGGCAGAGAGCCGGCGGGAACGAGAAUAACAUCAAUCGCAGGAACAGCUUUCAUCAUUCCAAACAACAGCAACAAACGAAACUAACAAAGCGGCGCAACACAGCGACCACUAGUUUCAAGCAUCCGACAUCCGGCAAGAGGAGACGAAGGGCCAACUCUGAGAGUGACUCCGUCCUGCCUACCAACUUCCUCCUGGGGGGGAACAUUUUUGACCCACUGAAUCUCAACAGCCUGCUGGAUGAGGAGGUCAACAAGGCACUGAAUGCAGAGACUCCCAAAUCCUCCCCGCUGCCAGCAAAGAGUCGAGACCCCGUAGAGAUCCUCAUCCCCAGAGACAUCACAGAUCCACUGAACCUGAACAGCGGGAUAGCAGACAGCAGCUUUUUGGUGUCCCCCUUCAAAAUUGGUGGCAGGAAGAGACACCGCAACAGACACCAUGGAGGUGGAGGAGGAGGAGGAGGAGGAGGAGGAGGAGGAGGAGGAGGAGGAGGGGUUGGUAGUGGGAUGUCAACCACACAGAUCAACCUCUCAGAAUCAGGAAAAAGUGAGGUUAAAACUGGCACCUCCACACCGCUUCCAGGUAUGUUAGCUUCAUCUUCUGCACUAGACGUCUCCAAAGAGUCCAACAUUUUCUCCAGUGUCACAGGGGAUUCCCAUGAGCACUCCACUGACAACUCAGCCAGCUGCAAGGAAGAGACGACAUCUGUAUCUAUGGAGGAUUCCACUUUCUCCAUAUCGGGGGGGCCAAACCAGCACACAAGCAGACGCAAGCGUAGGCGCAACUCUGGUAAGAUGGAGCUCCCUGUGACCCAUUCUACGCCGAUUGGAAAGUCGGGAUCUGGAGACAGGAGUUAUGGUACAGGGGGACAGAGAUAUUCUCAGUCCUUUCACACACCAAGGAUUGGACCCAAACCAGGGCCAGGAGGUCGCCAACACCAGCAGCCCCACCACCAGGCAAAGGAGCAACAGAAGAAGAAGUUCCAGUACGGGAACUACAACAAGUAUUAUGGCUACCGCAACCCAGGAGCCAGUGAAGACCCACGGGUACGUGUGCUUCGUCCAGAAUGGUUUGAAGGUAAAGAAGUUCUGGAUUUGGGUUGCAACUCAGGCCACCUAACACUCUAUAUUGCCAAAGUGCUAAGACCUGCCCGCAUAUUGGGCCUGGAUAUUGACAGCGCUCUGGUUCAUGCAGCCCGGAAGAACAUCAGACAUUAUCUGUCUGAACUGCAGACUCAAGAGGCCAGGCGUGCAGAGAGGAAUGGAAAUGGGAGUCACACAGGCACAGACAAGAAGCACAAUGAAGCCGAGAGCAGGGAUGAAAACGGGAGACCAGUGAAAGGAGAAAGUGGCCCUGUAGAGGCUGUAAAUGACAAUGACUCCUGUCACACAGAUGAGGCAGCGGCCCAGAGGCAGGACAGCAAAACAGAGGAAAUGGAGCAGGAAGAUUGUGAUUCACCCCCUGCUGAUCACUCUGUGAGCUGCUCUUUUCCUGUGUCCCUACGGAUCUCCAGGGGGCCCAUCGCUGCUCCUCCACUAACAGAAACAUCCACCACUCGGCCCGGGGAGUUCCCCGCAAACGUGUCCUUCAUCAAGGCCAAUUAUGUGCUGGACAACGAUAAUCUUCUUCUGACUCAGCGGCCAGAGUACGACGUGGUCAUGUGCCUGAGUGUUACCAAAUGGGUUCACCUGAACUGGGGAGACAGUGGCCUCAAGCGGCUCUUCAAGAGAGUCUACAGACAUCUCCGUCCUGGAGGCAUGUUCAUCCUGGAGCCACAGCCCUGGGAGUCCUAUGUGAGGAGGAAGAAGCUAACAGAUAAUAUUAGCAAGAAUUUUCACAGCAUCCGCCUCAAACCUGAGCAGUUUCCGUCGUACCUUACAACAGAGGUGGGCUUCACCAGUUUUGAGUACCUUGGGACCCCCAAGUGUUCAAUAAGAGGUUUUCAAAGGGCAGUGUACUUAUUUCACAAAUGACCGCUCCUGCCUUGAAGAUCUUUGAAUGUGAGUAGCCUAAAACCACCACCAUACGUACAAGCCAGCCAGCUGCCCUGGACUGCAAGGAAUCCUCUGAAUCCUUCACAGUUACUCCAGCUACUCAGAUGCUGAAGAUGAAAUUCGGAAAGGAGAACAGGACCAAAAGUGGAAUUAAUUUCAGAAAGGUGAAAUCUGUCGAGACUAGGCACCUAGCAAAAGUCUCUGGGACUACAAAUUCUUAAAAUAUGGAGUGAACUCAGAUAGGACUCUAAACAUCGCACAGGCUGUGGAAGAGGGGCUCAUCUGAUCAUUUCUGUUGACUAUCCUAGUGCUAAUGAUGCCUCAGUUUGAUGCACGGCCAUAACAUGUGUUUGAAUAUCUUGGGCCAUAUAUCUCUACUUUCAUAACUUUGUUCUGUGCCACCACAUCACCAUACAUACAUUAUACAUGUUAGGGUUGGGCGAUAGGGCAGACAUUUCCUAAUUGGCUACAAUCAUUGCUUUCCCUGGCGAUUGAUGGUGGAUUUACCACAUUAGCUCCAUGUGACCAACUGUGUGUGUUGCAUCUGCAAAGGUGCAGUAUACCACUGGAUUACAAAGCCAUUAUUAGAUCAUUCUGACAUGAUGUCUCCUGAAAAGCCACACUUGAGUGCAGGCAGUGUGUUUUAUCCCUGGCUACUCUUGUAGUGGUGCAAUAUUUGUAUCACUUUUGAAGUCUUGAAUCCUGGUCUAUAAAUGCACAUAUUUUGAUGAAUUUAAAGCAGCUAAAACAAAUUCCAUCAGGCUCAGAUUCAGUCUGUCACUAUUGCAUAAUUUGUCCCAUCUCCCAACCCUAAUAUAUAGUUUGUUUUGUCAUUGUUUUGCAAAAUAGGCCUAAGAGCUGAAUUAACUGUAGUGUGUUACAGAGCUGUGAAAAUGUACAAAUCCAUAUUUUGGAAAUGGACAAUUUAGAAAGCUCCUAAAUUGCACAAACACCUAAGAUCCUAUGAAGUGAAAAGUGUCUCGUCUCAGCAAUAAAGACGAUGAUGCACAAGCAGAACUCAAAACAGCCAAAACAACAAACAUCCAGUGAAAUAAUGAACGCUCAUCAAACAGCAAAUAUGUCUUUACGGUAUUGUCUCGUUUUUAGUAAUACUCCGUCAUUAUAACACAGAGACAGUAUUCAAGUUUAGCAGGUUUUCUACCACUGGAGUACUCUUACAAUGUGAAAAAUCAGGUGUCUACAUUUUCAAGAAAAGCAUUUUGGCUAUUAUGAAUGUAAACUUUCUACAAAUCUUCAGGCCUUUGUAAUUUAUUUGAGAGUUUGAAGUGUUUAGGAAGCAACAAAUCACUUCAUGGGUUCUUGAAGCAUUUUCGAUGCUCCAUCCUAUUGGUAGGGGGCACAUUUGAGCUGUGAUGACACCCUGGUGUUGGCUCAGCUCAAAAUAAUUCAGCACACAGACCACAAGGACUAUUUUGCAAGGUAGAUCUGUAGCAUGCAGUGAUCUAUUCUUUUUUUUCUAAUGACAGUUAAGCCAUAGCCCUACCUUAUAUGUUGUUUACAAUGUCCUUCAUGAGGUGCUGACUGAGAGUGUAAUUGGGUGUCAAAUCAAAGGCAGAGGCCUGUAAUUACAGAGUUGCUACAGCGUUUUCAUUGCUGUAUAAAUCUGACACGCAUAGUUUUGUGUGGUGUGAUCAUCACUACUGAACAGAUAUUAAUUCAAACAGCAUCAGAAUGAAUUGUGAUGCUUUUUUAGCUCCUCAACUUCUGUAAGCCUAAACAAAAAUUUACAUUUGUAGAAACCAAAUUGUUACUAAAAAUGACUGAAAUAUAUCCAUAGGACUUUUUACCAGAUUGAAAUACUAAUAUGCUGUUUGUAUUGAAACGCUGCCAAAAUAUUCUAUGGGUCUUUUGCUCUUUGAAUCUGACAUAAUAUGCCAUCAUCACCUUAGUCUUCGGCCUAAUGAGGACAAUUAUGAGUUACAGGUAGUCGGUCUUUGUGAUUGUAUUUUUAUUGGUGUGCACUGAGCGCCGCUCUUCUACAAUCUUUCAUUCGAAGUGGCGGGGAAAGAAAAUCUUCCCUUUUUUUGUGACUGGUUCAAUUACAGCAUUUGGCAUACUAGGAUAGGAAAAGAGGGAGAAGAUUGAUGAUAUAUGUUUAUAUUUUAGUAAGUGAUCAAUGUAAAUAAGUUUGCAAAUUUUCUUUUACUGUUGUCGACAUUGAGUUCACAACUGCUUUUGUCAUUUUUUUGUCUUUUCACAUGUUUGCUGCCAAGUUGUGAGUGAGUCACAGGCCAGGACACUGGGGCAGUUUUUGUCCUAUAUUGCUAAUCCAGCUCUGUAACAACAAAUGAAUAUGUACAUUGCAAAGUUCUGAUGUGUUUGCUUUGUUCUGUCCUGGCAAGCACAUGGAUUGUUAGAUUGGCUCUUUAUUUUUUUAUAAACUGUUUGAAAGGAGUGUUGUUGUCAAUGCACUCUCAUUUCAGUUCAUUUGACAUGUUGUAGACAUUUUAAAGUUCUUCAAAAUACUUUUUUCCAUUGAGCCUUUUUAAUACAAGUUGUGGAACACUGAUUAACUAAUUAUAAAAUAAAGCUUCAGUUUACAUUUUGAAUUGAAAGUGAAUUGGCAUCAACCUCAGUUGGCCCAUCAGACAUAGGGCCCCAAAUCACACCUUUCUCCUAAGCUAAGACAAUCGGAUUCUCAGGCUUAGAUCAGCCCACUGCUGUAAUUACACGGGCAUUUUGCUUUAUGCAUUAUUAACAAAGGUUUCCUUCUCGCAGGUCAAAUAUUUUUAUUUGAGAAAACAAAUUGUUUAAAGCUAAACUGUGCUUUGCCACCAAUGUUAAAGAUUGCACCUUACUGUCUCGGCAGCCGUUUUACCCCACUGGGCCUGAAUUGUGAGUCCAGAUAUCCAAGCUAAAGCAUGUCUUUGCUGGAGAUGUGAGAUUACAUGUUGUCAUAUACAGUGCUGUAGAAACUUUUUGUACUCCCCUUGAGGUUCUGCACAUAAGUGUGCGCUGUCGAAGUGAUGUUUCUUUUUAGGAAAUUAAAUUACACGAAAAAUAGGAUGUAAGAGAUAACACCCCUUGUUUGUACAAGGUUUAAUGACCGUGAGAAAUAUUACUAGUACUAUUUCAAAUUUAUGAUCUUUAUUGUAUUCAGGCAAAAUUUUAUGGAAUGGAAUGAAAUUUAAAGUGUGGGAUGGAUUUAAGUUAAGAAAGUAUAGAGUAUAGUUUUGAAUGUGAAAGCUUUAGGGUCCACAUUUUCAUGUUGCAAAGAAAACAAAAGUAAAUAUGACAACAUAAGCUGUAGCGAAAGCACACCCUAUUGUAUUUUGUAUUUUUUGGUAUGUAUUUUCAUGUUUUCUAUUUACAACAUGGAACACUGGGGGACCCUUUUCCAAGUAACAGGUUAGAUGAAUUACAGAAUCUGUUCUGGGUUUUAUUUAACAAUAUUAUGCAGAUAAUUGAGUAAUCCUGCUUUGUGCAACAGACCUGUCAAUGCCACAGAAAGUUAACUUCACAUUCAACACUAAGCUCACAUUUUCUACAUCUUAACUCUUCUUAUACACUAAAAGUCCAGACUAUACUAUUGUAACAGCAGAGUGAUUUUUUUUAAUGCUAACUAAUGUUUAAAACCUGCAGUUACAGUCCAGUUAUAAGAUUUGAGCAGCAUUAGCAAUAAAAUGCUGAUAAAAUAUUUCAGAGACACAAUAAAUCACUGACAAAACAACAGACAUACUUACCUUUGCAUAUCCACUUAUUUAUUAGAAGUGUUUCUAGUACAUAGUGUGUAGGGAAAUAGUAAAAAUUGGAUGUCUUAAACAAAUGUAGCACAACAAAUGCUCAAGCUCUAGGGGUGUAUAAUUUUCAAUGGCACUAAAAUUCACCUCUUCGUGUUGAAUUUGCACUGAUCUGACUCGGGGGGGAAUUAAACUAGUAAAUACAUUUUGCAGUUAAAGUUGAUGUUUUACAUGUACCAUACAUUUCCCUAAAAUAAGUUUUCUGGAAAAACUGUUGGAUUAAAAUGCCCCCAUCUGUCAGGGAAGCUUUUAAUUUUCAUGCCUCUGAACAACAAGAUAUAUCUGAAUGUUUCUUUGUGUUUAACAUUUUAAUUGAUUAAAAGUGGUUCCAGA